CCUUGCAUUUUUGUUUCAGAGAAAAUGAACUAGAAGAGAACUAAGGAUGGAGGCUAUACCUAAACUCCCCAUGAUAAGUUUCUUGGCUAAAACUAGUCCGGAGAACCUAAACCUCUCCUCUAAACUGAGACAACUUAUUGCGGAGAAAUUCGGAGAAACUCCGUCCGCAUUUGCAAAUGAAAUUAAAGAAAUAGAAACUUUAAGAUCAAACUCAUGUAUCCGAGUAGCUGAGAGUAUUGAUGGAGUUGCUACUCUAAAGAAAUAUUAUUGUCAACUACUUUUCAUUAAAAACAGGUUCAAGAUAAAUGGAGAAGGACCGUUCCAAUUUAGCUGGAAGGAUUUGUAUUCUGGAGCCGAGUUUGUGUUUCCAGAUAUCACAUAUGAGCUGGCAUCCGUUCUGUAUAAUAUAGGAUCCCUGCACACCCGACUAGGAUGUGCUGAGUCUAGAGAGGAGAGUGAAGGAAUGAAGAUGGCAGUUGCGCAUUUCCAGUGUGCAGCCUGGGCCUUUCAUACUCUUCCUGAUCUUUAUCCCCAGGAUGUAGAAUCUGAUCUGAGCGCGGACCUGAUGGGGUUUAAGUCCCAUAUAUCCCUAGCCCAAGCUCAGGAGUGUAUCCUGGAGAAAAGUAUCCUAGAUGCUAGGAAACCUCUUAUCAUCUCUAAAGUAGGAGGUCAGGUGGUUGAAUACUAUAAGCAAGCAUUGAGAUCUCUGGAUCUGUUUAACUCCAAAGAUUACGGGGAGGGUAUACAGGAUAUAGUUGGAUCUAAACAAAACAAAAUAUGGAAAUCUGUUCUAGAAUUCAAGAUAGCGUACUAUCAGAGUAUGAGCUACCUGCAUAUGGGAAUGUUCUCCGAAGAAAAUAAUAAAAUGGGAGAGAGAGUAACAUAUUACAAGGCUGCCAGUGAUUGUCUAGCACAGUCUGCUAAGCUGGCCAAGAAGUUGGAUGAUCCCUUCAAAUCUGUAUUUGAUGCGCUGGCCUACGCAAACGACGUGGUGAACGGUAAACUGGAUGUUUCGAAGAAGGAGAACGAGUUUAUUUAUCAUGAUAAGGUUCCAGACCUAGACGCUCUGCAGGAGAUCAAGGGAGCCAGUCUUGUCAAAGGAAUUGGAUUUGAUUCUACUGAUCCUGAAGUUUCAGGUCCUGAUAUAUUCCAGCGCCUGGUUCCUAUUGAAGCUCAUGAAGCUUCUUCUCUUUACUCUGAGGAGCAAGCUAAACUACUCCGAACUGUCUGCUCCGAUAUAGAGAUGGCCAACGGAGAUCUAGCUGUGUUUCUCUCCGCUCUCCAGCUAGAUGAUAUACCUAGAGAAGAGGAUCUUAUCCAUGUGCCUCAGGAACUGAUUGAGUGUGCUGCUAGUCUCUCUGUCAGAAGAGCAGCUGUUAGUCAGCUUGAAGAAGGAAUGACAAGCCUAGCGAGUGUAUCAGCUGAUGUUGAAGCUAGCCUAGCAGAGAUACAGAAACUGCUCCGGGAGGAACAGAAACAGGAACGCGAGUUUCAGGAUAUUGUUGGACCCAGAGCUAGCUCUAUACUUGUAGAACUAGAAAGAGAAACUCAGAAGUAUCAUGAAGCUCAUUCUAUGGCCUCAGAGUCUAAUUUAACCCUGAACAAGGCGAUGAGAUUGCAUGUGAAGAAUUUACAGCUUUUGAGUAAAUCCGUCCCUGAGCUGGAAGAGGAUAUUCCUAAAAUCUCUGACCUGGAGGAGUCUGUCCUAGACUGCCUUAGGAACAUGAGAAACGUUCUCAAAAAGGUUGAAGAGAUGAGACAUCAAAGACUAAUGCUUGAGGAGACCCUAAGAGAAGGAAUACGGAACGAUGAUAUCACCAACAGUCUGGCUAAACAAGGAGACAAGGAAACGGAGAAGGUGUUUAAGGAGGAGAUGAAGAAGCACGAGAAGACGGUGGAGUACAUCAGGCAGAAUAUCCACGCUCAGAGAAACAUCGUCUCAGCGCUAACGGAGAAGAACGCUGAGUAUGCGGAUGCUAGAGAAAAAAUCGGAAACUUUGUUCUCAUCCGGGAUGAAAAGAUUGGAUCUCUAGUUGCUAGUUAUCAUGCCUACGAGGAUUUAUUAGACAAGACUACAAAAGGAUUAGAGUUCUAUGCCAAGCUGGAGAAGAACGUGAGCAAGCUCCUGUCCCGAGUGGAUGGAGUAGUGAAGGUUCAGGUUGAGGAGAGAGAGCAACUCAUCAAUUCUUCAGCUAAAAAAUCCGCCGAAGCACGUGCGUUAUCUCUCAGUCUUGUUUCCGGUAAGUCCCAACCGUAUCCGGUCAGAAAUAAAGCAGACAGUGUUGGACAGUUUGAUUAUAAACCUGAGUUUACACCCGGAGCUCCUCCCCCAGAUACCCCGGAGCAGCCUAUUCCUCCUAAAACCCAGAGACCUAAAUUAAUUGAUUACAUGAGAGCGCGGCAGGAGAAGGGGGGAGGAGUAGAUGCUCCUGGAUCAGGUACAGCGUAUCCUCCUAAUUCAACUCCUAACAAUCCUUCAUUCCAAGCCCAUGGUCAUAUCGGAGGAGUCGGGUUUCCUGCUGGAUCCAUGUACCCCGGGAACUACUAUCCGUCUAAUCAACAAUAUGCCAAGUACUAUGCUCAGCUAGGAAUGAGCUCUGGAGCCGGAAAACCAACAACAUCUACUGUUGGAGGAAGUGAAGGAGAACAACCCAAGCAAGAAUAUCCACAAGUUUCCCAAAACAUGAAUCAGAAUGUUUCCAUUGAAAAUACUAGUUCUCCUGGUCCCCAGUCCUCUCAACCAGGAGGAUCUUAUCCGAACCCUGGAAUAUCAGCAGCAAAUCAACCCUCGAGUUCAACCUAUUCAGGAACUACGCCAGUUCCAGGCGGUAGAAUUAUAUAUCCUAAUGGUUCAGUUGGUUACACUUCACCUUAUCAGGGUAGUAAUACAACCACUACAAACUCCUCAAGAAGUUCUAUGACUCCAGGACAAGGAUAUCCUGCUCCAACCCCUGCCAGUACUACGCCUACUCCUGGAGCCGGACCUGUUCAACGGUCUCCAGGUUUACAUCAAUACUCGGCUCCGGUCUCCACCAUGCAGCAACCGAACCCGUUGGGAUCCGCUAACACCGGAUAUUCUGUUCCUAACUCUCAAUAUUACUCACCUCAACAUCAACUUCAUUGGGGACAACAGAUGCAACAAGGGGGAUCUCAAGCUGCACAAGGAGCACAGGUUCAACAACAACAAGUUGGUCCACAAUCCCAAAUUCAUGGUGUAUCUACUGCUGCUGGACCACAGGCUCAACAGCAGUAUGGUGGGCCACAGGGUACACAGCAACAUGGUGUGCCACUGGUCUCACAACAACAUGGUGGGCCUCAGGUUUCACAGCAGUAUGGGGGACCACAGAUUUCACAGCAACAUGGUGGACCACAGGUUUCACAUCAGCAAGGUGGACCACUGGAUGUACAGCAGCAUGGUGGACCACAGGUUACACAGCAGCAUGGUGGGCCACAGGUUUCACAUCAGCAUAGUGGACAACAGGGUCUACAGCAACAUGGUGGACCACAAGGUCCACAGCAAGAUGGUGGACCACAGGUUCCACAGCAGUAUUGUGGGCCACGGGUUUCACAGCAAGAGAGUGGACCAUAUUUUCAAUCUAGUGGACAACCGAUACAACAACAGCAAGGUGGUCCACAACUACAUUGGGGACAGCAAGGAGUGCCCCAGAAUCAACAACAACUGCGGUUCCCACAUCAACAGGGUAGCCCACAGGCUUAUCAGCAAAGACCAAUGGUUCAACCAUUUCAGCAACAGCAAGGAGGACCACAGCCCCCACAACAGCGACAACAGCAAAGCGGGCCACAAAUUCAACAGCAGCCUGGAGGACAAGUUCAACAGCAUCCACAAGGACAAGUUCAACAGCAGUCCGGAGUACAAGUUCAACAGCACCCUGGAGGACAAUUUCAACAGCACCCCGGAGGACAAGUUCAACAGCAGCCCGGAGGACAAAUUCAACAGCAACCUGGAGGACAAGUUCAACAGCACCCUGGAGGACAAGUUCAACAGCACCUCGGAGGACAAAUUCAACAACAGCACCCUGGAGGACAAGUUCAACAGCAUCCACGAGGACAAGUUCAACAGCAGCCUGGAGGACAAAUUCAACAGCAGCCUGGAGGACAAGUUCAACCGCACCUCGGAGGACAAGUUCUACAGCAUCCUGGAGGACUAUUUCAACAGAACCUCGGAGGACAAGUUCAACAGAACCCUGGAGGAAAAGUUCAACAGCAUCCACGAGGACAAAUUCAACAUCACCCAGGAGGACAAGUUCAACAGCAGCUUGGAGGACAAUUUCAACAGCACCCAGGAGGACAAGUUCAACUGUACCCAGAAGGACAAGUUCAACAGCACCCAGGAGGACCACAACAUCAACAGCAAAGGCCUGGAGUACCUACGGGGUAUCAGCAGUAUCAGUCGCCAGUCAGAAACCCAGUUCAGUACCAAACCAACAACAAAAUGCAACAGCCAGGGAUACAGCAGCCGGGGAUACAGCAGCCGGGGAUACAGCAGCCAGGGAUACAGCAGCCGGGGAUACAGCAACCAGGGAUACAUGAGCUAAGAUUUCAACAGCCCGGAAUGCCAAAUCCCGGAUAUUUUCCUCCACAAUUCCAGCAACAAGCAGAAAAACCUGUUAUGCAUCCUGUAGUGCCCCAGCCUGGGACCCAGAAUAGAUACAUUCCAACCCAACCGUUCCCCCAACCUGGUAAUUAUUCCUCUGAGUUGUCAAAACCUGUAAACGUUGUUACUCCCAUUCCUGCUCCUACUCCGGCUAAACCUGGAUCCAACCUUGAUCUUCUCUCGGGGAUAGAUUUGACCCCGACACAUAGAAUUGAUUCUCCGAUUAUUCAUGAUCAGUUCAUAUCCAGCGAACCUUCACCUGUUCCGGUAAAGCUUCCAGACACACCUCAUAACACGGAAACAGUUAGUCAGAGGAAGGUUCGUCCUCCAAUGUUUGUGAUUGAUACGGAUAAGUUGAAACAAGAAACUGAGAAACUUCAAAGCUUCGUUAACAGUUUAUCCCAGAAAACAUUGCAGGGUUCUGUCCCACUAGAUUCAAUGUGGAAGGACGCGAAUGAUUCUGUCUCCAGGUGUGGAAACAAGCUCAGUGUAUCAGUCGGACGAUGCUAUCCGUUAAAGAAUCGAGCUCCGGACGUUCUUCCCUUUGAUCAGUCAAGAAUAGAACUUAAGUUUUCGAAGGAUGAUUACAUCAAUGCGUCCUAUAUAAAGAACAUUAGCCCUCAUUCUCCAGACUUUAUCGUUACCCAGCUCCCCUUGAAAACCACUGUGCUAGAGUUCCUGGGUUUAAUCUGGCAGGAGGGACUAGAGACGGUUGUUAGUCUAGUUCCAGUUCAAGAUAUGGCGGAGGGAGUUUAUAUUCCACAGGGUAAAGAAUCUUUGACUGUUGGAGACUUUGUGAUAUCUCUUCAAUCCGUCAAGGAAUUAUCUGGGUAUCGUGAGAGAGUUUUCCACGUGAAUAAACCGAGCAGUAAGCAGACCAGAGCUCUUCUGCACCUGGAGCUGACCAGCUGGGUUGGACCUGAGCUACCAGCUUCUCCAGCUCCGCUCAUCCUUGCAGCUCAGCAUAUCCUGGAGCUACACAACCAGCAGAGAUCAGUCAGCAAACCUGUCCUUAUCCAUUGCAGGGACGGAGGAAAUAAAUCCGGGACGGUUUGUGCUCUUGUUUCCGCUCUUGCCGAGGUUGAGAGUACUGGAUGCGUUCCAGAUUUUCUACCGAUAUUUUCAUCCUUACUCCAGGGAAGAAAAGGAAUUCUACGUGAUAAACAAUAUUUAAGAUUUGUGUAUGAUACUCUACUCUACAGUCUACAGUCUAGACUAAUCCAGCAGGGUGUCUUAACAGGGGUUGCAGGUAGAGCUAGAACACACAGCCGACAUCCUAGCAAAGAUUUUAUCUCUCACACUUCCAUGAAGGAAGGAUCUCCGCGGAGAGGAUCCGAUAUACUGGUUCAACCAGACCCGGAGAAUAAAGAGAAGGUUGAACCAGACCUCGUUGUUGUCGAGAAAUCUGUGUCAGAGAUAGAACCCAGUCCGAUCAAUCAUCCGAUCCCUUCUCUUCCUCCUAAUCCUUCUCCGACGAUCCUUAAAUUAUCCACGGAUCCUUUAUCAAACCUGGCCGAUCUAACCCAACUCGACCUACUCACUAUAACAGACUCGCCUAAGAAGAAGAAAAUAACUAAAGAGGAUUUCAUGAGCUCCACAGGAAACCUUCAGAGCAAUCCUGAUCCUACCGAUCCUUUGAGCCAGCUUAAUCCGCUCUGGUCUCUCAAAUAAUCGUUAUUCGUUUUUCUUUUAAUAAGUUAUGAUUUUAUUCUAUAUUUAUUCUGCAUUUAGAGACUUUAUUUAUUUGUAUUAUUGACUAAGUCCAUAUAAACGCGAAUUGAGUGAA